AUGUGGUGGUAUUAUCGGCCAGAUGGAGCGUAUAAACAAUGUCGUUGCUGUUGUUGUCGACAAAGAUUUCAUCCUAGUCAUAAACGUUUUCUACCUUACCCUCUACUGGGUGAAAAUCGAAAUCCGAACGAAAUUGGUAAUCGGCUGUGUUCUUAUAGUGGAGUUGGAAAUUGUCCGAUACUUUUUCUUGAACAUAUCGUUAUUUUUCAUGCUUAUGACUCCAUGCCUCAGGCUCGAUAUCAGAGAAACAACCAUCGGACAUACUUUGGAUUUCAUCGAACAAGUCCUCAAUUUGCUGUAGGAAUCGCUCAAGAAGGUUUUAGACCUAGUACUCAUCCUCCUCAAUUAUUAGGUUUCGGUGUCUACUUUGCUCGUUCAUUCAAAGGCACAGAGCGAAAAGCUCGUCAUCAAGGAGCAUUGAUUUGCGCCGAAAUUGAAAUGGGCAAUGUACUGCCUAUAACUUCUGAUGAGCUUAACAAUGUUAGUAACUCGGAUGCAUGGCAUCAAGAUUUUGACACUGUGUAUUAUUACCAUCGAGAAGAGGAUCGAGAUGAAUUCUGCGUAAAAGAUCCAAGACAAAUUUUGAGAUGGAUUAUUAUUAUGAACGAUGAUCGUUUACGACGUUAUGGACUUGAUAGAGUAUUUGAAAAUACUCGCUGUGGAUGUAUAUAA